CCUUCCUCUGCUCUCAGUGUCCUCGGAUUAUUCAAGCGCAUGUUUGGGGAUGCUGCGAGGGCGACCGAGAUGGAGUCUAAAGCUUCCUUUGCUUGGUCGGGGCGGCUGCUGAGCGGCGGAGUGGCGUGGACCUCAUGUAGAAAUGACAACAAUGGAAGGGGCCAGCGGGUCGAGUUUUGGAAUAGACACGAUUUUGUCCAGUGCCAGUUCGGGCAGUCCCGGCAUGAUGAAUGGAGAUUUCCGCCCGCUCGGCGAGGCCAGGACCGCGGAUUUUAGGAGUCAGGCCACUCCGUCCCCCUGUUCGGAGAUUGAUACCGUAGGAACGGCGCCUUCUUCUCCCAUCUCGGUCACCAUGGAGCCCCCGGAGCCGCAUCUGGUAGUAGAAGGGCCCCAGCAUCACCACCAUCUCCACCACAGCCAACAGCCCCCGCCGGCGGCUGCGGCCCCCACGCAAAGUUUGCAGCCUUCUCCGCAACAGCAGCCGCCGCCGCCGCCGCCGCCGCCUGCCCAGCAGCUGGGCUCGGCCGCCUCAGCCCCCAGGACUUCCACCUCUUCUUUUUUAAUUAAGGACAUCUUGGGCGACAGCAAACCUCUGGCGGCGUGUGCACCCUACAGCACCAGCGUCUCCUCUCCCCACCACACCCCGAAGCAGGAGAGCAACGCAGCACACGAGAGCUUCAGGCCAAAGUUCGAGCAGGAGGACAGCAAGACCAAACUCGACAAGAGGGAAGAUUCCCAGAGCGACAUCAAAUGCCACGGAACAAAGGAGGAAGGAGACCGGGAGAUUACAAGCAGCCGAGAGAGUCCCCCUGUGAGAGCCAAAAAGCCUCGGAAAGCCAGGACAGCUUUCUCCGACCACCAACUCAAUCAACUGGAGAGGAGCUUUGAGAGGCAGAAGUACUUGAGUGUGCAGGACCGCAUGGACCUGGCAGCUGCGCUCAACCUCACAGACACCCAGGUUAAGACCUGGUACCAGAACCGCAGGACCAAGUGGAAGCGGCAGACGGCGGUGGGCCUGGAGCUGUUAGCCGAGGCGGGGAACUACUCGGCACUGCAGAGGAUGUUUCCCUCGCCGUAUUUCUACCACCCGAGCCUACUGGGCAGCAUGGACAGCACAACCGCCGCAGCGGCCGCCGCCGCCAUGUACAGCAGCAUGUACCGGACUCCUCCCGCUCCGCAUCCCCAGCUGCAGCGGCCGCUGGUGCCCCGCGUGCUCAUCCAUGGCCUGGGGCCUGGGGGACAGCCGACCCUCAAUCCCUUGUCCAACCCCAUCCCAGGCACUCCGCAUCCCCGGUGAAGAACGCGCGAAGGAGCUGCAGCCCCUUCUCGGCCCCGCCCCGCCCCACAGCUGCCCGUCCUCUCCCUGCGCCAGGUCUUCGUGCCUCUCCAGCC